UCCUCUCUUCUCGGGAAGCUCCUUCCGUAGAACGAGAGGGAGCGGGAAUUCUGAUAAACGAAGGGAGGGCUUCCUCUGCCUCCGCCUCUCAAGCUGUUCAGGGGAAAUGGGGCGAGAGAGGAAAAGAAGGGAUUUUCCCGGCAUGCAUGGCUGAUAAGCAUGUCUGUCGUCACGAUUGGGCAUGUCACGGCUGAUGGGCGUUCCCGGGACUGGGCAGGAGGCCUCGGUUGCCAUAUCGGGCGAAAUGUGACCAUACAGGGUUUUGAAACUUUAAAUGCAGAAAUCUUGACCACACGCUAUUACACCAAAUCAUUCCACAUGCAUAGAAAAAUACAAAGAGAGAAAAAAGUGAAGAAAAAUACAAGAGAAUAUAAAGACGAUAACUUAGAACAGACGCGGAGAAUAGGUUAAGCGCCAGGACGCGUCGGCAACGUUAGGAUCAUCCCCAUUUUCCCGCCCGAAAAAGCCCGCGUAUAACCUAACCUGCCGACAACCUUGCUAUCCGAGGGUGUUGCUUCGAGGUGGUGAGUGCGGAAGGGCUCAGUGCCUACCUAUCCGUGGUGAAGUCGAGUGCCAAGUGUAUGUUGUCAAGAGAAGUGUUGGAUCGCCUUCCAGCAUUUCUUGGAAUCCUCUUGGAUCGUCUUCGGGUUGCACCUUGCCUAGCAGAAUCCUUCGUGACAGCAGGAAUCCGCCAACAUCUCCAGCGAUCAGAGUCCGUUGAAGUUUCUCUGCCAGCAUCUCUCUCUCUCUUUCUGUCUCUCCCUCUCCCUCUCUCCCCCUCUCCCAGCCUCUCAGCAUCAUCAUCUGCUCGACUCAUCUGUCUCCCUGGAUGCUUAGCUGAACAGGAUUUCGUCGGAGAGAGAACGUAUCUUGAACUUUAUUUGAACGCUGGAAAAUGAGUGUGAAAGUUGUGAACCGUAAAGUCCAAAUUUUAGUGAAAUAUACAGUGAACUAAAAUAAAAGAGAGAGAGAAAAAAAGAGGAAUUUUUAGAUGCAUACAGCGUGUUGAUAGAAAUUUAAUCAACGUUUUUUAACGUGAUAAUAUAAGAAUUCAGAUUUUGUUUUUCUGGACAAAGGAAUACAACAGAAAAUUCAAAAGAGCGUGUGUUCAAAAUAAAACAAAACCCACAAACUUCAGAAAAGUUUUAAAACCACCAGAACCAAGCAGUCACACCCCGGCAAAAUGAAGUACCUGUUGCAAGUUGUUUUCCUUCUCAUUGCAACGAUGGUGCAGCUUUCCCACGCCUGGCGCACUGACAGAAGACCCAAGAUCUUCGGCAACAAACUCCGCCUGAAGUCGCUGGAACCGGGCAAGUACAGGAUCCAGAAGAAGCUCGUGCAGUUCCACAAUUUCUUCCGCUCUAAAGUCAAGCCCGAAGCCGCCAACAUGCUGGCUAUGAGCUGGUCGUCCGCCGCCGCCGUAGACGCCCAGCGCUGGGCCGACGCCUGCCAGCUGCUCGUGCACGACUCUGCCGAAGGGCGUGAGGUCGAGGAGUACGGUUCCUGCGGCCAGAACAUCUUCGUGUCCACGCAUCAGGUGCCAUGGUUCUUCGCCGUCAAGACCUGGUGGCUAGAAAAGGACAACUUCACCUACGGGGGCAACAACAACGACCUCCACGUGAUAGGCCACUACACCCAGAUGGUCUGGCACGCCACGCACGAGGUCGGCUGCGGUCUGGCCUACUGCGCCCACGCCUACCCGAGGCCCUUCUAUAACUACGUCUGCAACUACUGCCCGAUGGGCAACUUCAUGGACACGCUCUCGAGGCCGUACAAGCGAGGGGCGCCGUGCUCCGCCUGCCCCGGUCACUGCAAGGCCAAGAAACUCUGCACGAAUUCCUGCCCGUACGGCGACCUCUGGAUCAACUGCAAGGAGCUGGACGCCGCCUACCACGACUGGCUCUGCAACACGAAGACCAAGGAGGGCUUGGAGCGCUUCCGGUUCUGCAGGGCGACUUGCUCGUGCAAAGACGCGAUUACUUACCCUUGAGGAGGAGGGGGGAUGGGGGGGUGGGGAU